UAUGUUGUUUACAGUUUAGUUCUGAUUAAAUAUUUUUAUGUUUUUAUGAUUAUCUGACCUAGGUGCAUUUAAUCAUAGUGAUGCCAAUACUACACAUAUACACAACACUAGCCCGGAGCCAAAUACCGGCCAGAUUUGCGGCCAAUACGGCCCAGUUGUUGGGCAAAGUGCUCAAUAAACCCAUUAAAGCCAUGUCUGUUUGCGUCAACUGUGAUCAAAUUAUUUACUCAGGUCUGAAUCCGGAAUGUGGCGGCCCGUUCUCGUUGGCAACGCUGCGUAAUAUCGGGAAACCCUCGGCCGCUGUCAACCGUACGGCGACUGAAGAGUUGAGCAAACAUUUUGAACGCGAAUUGGGUAUAAAAGCCGUCGACUCUAAGUUCGUGUUCGUAGAGAUCACUGCCGACGAGUUGGGACUCAGGGGUCAGUUGAGGUCAGAUCUGGUCUAACACGUGAUCCACACCCGUCCCCAUCUCUAC